AUCCUCCUCAUCACUCCUGAGUCCUGAUUCUCUCCGUCUCUGAUCUAUUCCCCUUCUUUUCCACCACAAUCACGUAGUCUUUUUCUUCUCUCUCUCUUGCUCUCUCAUUUUGUGUUCAUGGCGUCAGUUUCAGCUCCUCGUUUCCCUUCUCCAACUACUUACGCCGAUCGAAACCCUCACAAAUUCGGAAGCGCCAAAUUUGCAGUUUCUCCAUCUCGAUGUUCUCCGCCAUUAAAAAGAACCCCGAUUCAUUCCUCGUCCAGACCUUCAGACUCUGCUGUUUGUCGCUGUCAGAACCGCUCAAGUUCUCCGUCGCCAGCGGACGAUUACGUCCACGGAGGAUGGGAUUCCUUCUUGCAGGACGUCGUGAAAAAGGCAAUUAAGAGGUUCGACGACUACAAGAAUUCUUAUUGGAACCAGUCGAAGACUGGAUUGACCAUUGAUGCGAUGGAAAGGGAGAAAGACAGUAAGGAGGUUGAUGAUUGGGAUUGGGAUCGGUGGAAGAAGCAUUUCAAGGAGGUCGAAGAGCAAGAGCGGAUUGUUUCGGUUCUGAAGUCACAGUUAGUUGAUGCUAUUUAUAAAGAAGAUUAUGAAGAAGCUGCAAAACUCAAAGUAGCAAUUGCAGCUGCAGCAACAAAUGACACUGUUGGCAAAGUGACUUCACAUUUUAAUAGAGCAAUCAAAGAAGAGCGUUAUCAGGAUGCAGCUCGACUCCGAGAUUAUGCUGGUGCUGGAUUGGUGGGGUGGUGGGCUGGCAUUUCAGAAGGCUCAGGUGAUCCUUAUGGUCGAAUUAUUCGUAUAACUGCAGAACAUGGAAGAUAUGUGGCAAAAAGUUACAGUCCCAGACAGCUUGCCACUGCUACAGAUGGAGUUCCCUUGUUUGAGAUUUACCUGGCCAUGAACGACAAAGGUGAAUAUAGACAGCAGGCAGUAUACUUGAAACAGAAUAGGGGGAGCUCUGGAAGUUCUCCAAAGAAGUCAUCCAGCAGAUUAGAUGCUAGCAGCAGCUUAAAUGAGUCAGCUGAAGGAAAAGAUGAUAUAUCUUCUACAAUUACCGAAGAUACCGAAGAAGAUGGUGACGACAGAGAUGAUGAUUUUGAUGCGGCUGAAGGGCUAUCUGGUUUUCAGAAUAUCUUGCAGGAUAUGAUUCCUGGAGUCAAAGUCAAGGUUUUGAAAGUGACAUCACAAGGGAAGGUAGACAGAGAUAUAAUCUCAAAGGUAAUUGAACAGAUCAUGGAGGAAGAAGAUGAAGAAAAUGAUAUGGAGCUAGAUAUUAUAGAGACAGAAGACACAGAUAAAGCUGAGAAAGAUCAAGAUGGGAUUGAAAUGAAUGAUGAUAGUGGAGUUAGUGAAGACAGAAGUGAAAUGGCAGUGAAUGUUGUAAUUGGUGGUCUUGUACAACUUUCAAACAAUGUACCUUCUAAGGAUUUACUUCGAGUGCCAGCCAGGCUAGAGAAAAAAGGACGCUUAUCGUUCUCAUUUUCUAUAGAAAAAGAUGGCAGUAGACAGCAAGCUGGUAGUAAAGGAAAGGCAUCACCAGCUAAAAAUGAUAUUCUUCAUGGUCAACGCAGCAUUGACCGUAUAAUGUCUGAUCUUGCCAAGUUUAUCAUCACAAGGGAGAAAAUACCCAUGAAGGUGCUUAAAGAUGUAGGAGAAUUAAUAAAUCUCACCCUUAACCAAACUCAAAACCAUCAACUUCUAUCUGGGCCAACAACUUUUAAUCGCAUUGAAAUACCGACAUCUUCAGAUCCUCUGACAGGACUAUACAUUGGAGCUCAUGGGUUAUACACCUCAGAAGUUAUUCAUCUUAGGCGCAAAUUUGGUCAGUGGCAAGAAGAUGGUGGGACUCAGAAGGUUCAGAAUCUUGAAUUUUAUGAGUAUGUGGAAGCAAUAAAACUAACAGGGGAUCCUUAUGUACCAGCUGGCCAGGUAGCAUUCCGUGCAAAGGUUGGCAAAAGAAACCAGCUACCUCACAAAGGGAUAAUUCCUGAAGAGUUUGGAGUGGUUGCUCGAUAUAGAGGACAAGGCAGGCUUGCAGAACCUGGCUUCCGGAAUCCACGAUGGGUAGAUGGUGAACUUGUUAUUCUUAACGGAAAGCACAUUAAAGGGGGACCUGUUGUUGGAUUUGUGUACUGGGCUCCUGAAUAUCAUUUCUUGGUAUUCUUCAAUCGGCUAAGGCUACAGGAAUAGAUUCACAUUGUUCAUACAGUUUUAGCAUAUUCCUUUUGUUCAGAUUGGAUGAGCACAGGCAUGAAGUGUCAUGAAUGUCCCGAAGACAUGCUCUGCUAGCAUGUAUAUGCAUACAGAUUAAGGUUUUUGUUACGAUAAUCCAGUAAGGUAUUAUCUUUUGAGACCAUUAAAGAGAAGGUACUAUUUUGAAGUAGAGCAGUAGAGAGAACUAGGUGACAUUGGAGCAUAUGUGCAGAGCUGACUCACUGACAGGAACACUUUAAACACAUUCAUUUUUCUUCAGGCACUUCUUUUCCUCCCUGUAUAUCAAUGGGAUUGCAUUCCUUUGUAUAUAGUGCAAGUCAACUAAUCAACAGGUUAAAAUCUUUGACGUGUUAUUUAUCAGAAAAAGAAAUUUUUAUCUUUGUUA